UGGUUGUGGAGCACUGCGUCGUCCACAUGCAUGGAUACGUCGAUUGUCACUGUCAUAUCUCUGCGGGGGAUUUUGACAAGGACAUAGAAGAAGUGAUUGAGAGUUCAAAAAAGGCUGGAUUGUUGGCCCUGUUAGCUGUGGCUGAGCAUGCUGGAGAAUUUGACAAGAUUAUUGAGUUGUCACAGAGGUUUCCAGGUUUUAUUUUCCCCUGCUUAGGAGUCCACCCUGUUCAGGAAGUUUCCCCAGAGCAACAGAGGGGUGCUUCUCUCCAGGAUCUUGAUGCUGCUCUACCCAUCAUAGAGAAGUACAAAGACCAACUUGUUGCCAUAGGAGAGGUUGGUUUGGAUUUUACGCCCAGAUUCGUCAGCAGUGACAGUGAUAAAGAAAACCAAAGGCAGGUCCUGAUUCGUCAGGCACAGAUAGCCAAGCAGCUGGAUCUGCCUCUAAAUGUUCAUUCGAGGUCUGCAGGAAGACCCACCAUCCACCUCCUGAAGGAACAAGGUGUUGAAAAAGCUCUUCUUCACGCUUUUGAUGGGAAACCGUCUGUGGCUAUGGAGGGAGUGAAGGCUGGAUAUUUCUUUUCCAUCCCUCCGUCCAUAAUACGGAGUGAGCAGAAGCAGAAACUUGUGAAACAGCUGCCGUUAGAGAAUAUCUGUCUGGAAACUGAUUCACCUGCACUCGGUCCAGAAAAGCAGGUGAGAAAUGAGCCAAAAAACAUCAGUGUUUCUGCCGAGUACAUCAGUCAAAUCAAAGGCGUGUCGCUGGAGAAGGUGAUAGAGGUGACGACACAAAACGCUCUCCGACUUUUCCCGAAACUGAAAUCUGCCCUCAGACCCUGACGGAGCCUUAUUUACAGACUUAUAUGUCCACAAUCUUCUGUUGCCAUAGCAAUUUUUCAAAUUAAUUUAUUGACUAAUCGUGCAUUCAUGUGAGUUGUGAAGCUGUUUGAGUUUGGUGCAUUUGUGUGCUUUUAAGAACAUAGAUGCAACAAAAAAGAUGUCAUUUAAAGUGUUUAAUCAACAUGUUUAUAGCUGUUUCCAGUGUCUGCAUGAUGAGAUAAUAUUACAGAUUGAAACUCUUUUACAAUCAACCAAACAUUUUCUAAUUUUCCUGCCACGUCUCUGUGUGUUUGAUGCUGCUGUUCUGACCCGAGGGCCUGUACACAUUCAUUUUCCCACUCAGCAGCUCAUCUUUUCAACUCAUCCGACCUCAUUAAUGUGCUAAUGUGAUUGAACUAAAACGCCCUGAAGUGUAAAUAAAUGUACAAAGACACUCCGGGUCAAUUGAGCCGUAAAUUUGAAUGUCAGAGCCACAUUAUUAAAAGCUAAAAGAUUUAUGGACACAGUCUGUUCGUGGCUGUUGAUGGCAGCGUUCUUAAAUAAAGAAAGGUGAGACAACAA